GGCAUUGACUAGAGGUGGGGAAGUUGGUUCUUGGCAAUAGUCUGUAGUGUUAGAGCAAGUGCACAGCUGACCCCUGGGAAGAUGAAAUUUGGGCUACUGAUCAUUCUGCUGGAACUCCUCUGUCAAGUCGAAGGAGAUGUCAGAGAAUACGUACCCAAUUACUUUGACGUUCAGAAGUUUGCAGGUCAAUGGUAUAUCGUUGGAGUCGCAAGAGGAGAUUACAACGUUAUUAAGAAUGUUAUAAAUCCUGUUAAUAUAAGCCCAGAAGGCAGAAAUAUGAAAAUUGUAAUAAAGGUCUAUAAGUUCUAUAUGUGUUUUGAAUUUCCAUACCUAGCAGAGAGUUUGCAGACUGCAGAGAAAUUCAAAAUUGAUGAUGGUUCAACUCUGAGUAUAAAAGCCACAGAUUAUUUGGACUACGCUGUUUUGCAAUGGAACCGUAAGGAAGAGAAUGAAUAUGCUCCAUUGCUGCCGCUUUUUAGUAGAACUGUGGUAGUCUCCAACAAAGGUAUAAUGAGGUUCACGCAAAUUAUGGCAGAAUUAGGAUGGACCAAUCACCUCAUUUUCAGUUUGGACCAUAAAAGUAAGUGUAUCAAGGAUAUUUAAGUGUCAGCACAGUCCUCAUGACCAGCUGAAAAACAGGCAAAAGUCUUUACAGACCUACCAUCGCCUCCUGCUCCACACCUAACUGCAGCUGUCACUGCCAAAACCCCUCCCUUGUAAACCAAGAACACAACAAACUGCAACUAGUCUGGCCCAGCCUGUGAUUUCCAUUAUACAAGCAGUAGCCUUCAUUGGCUGUCUGGGUGGGAUUUCCUCUUUCUGGAACAAUUCGACCAUCUCCACCUUCUUCAUUGUAUCGGCCCACCUCGCUUCCAUAGCGCUUAGAACAGUGCUUUGCACAUAGUAAGCGCUUAAUAAAUGCUAUAAUUAUUAUUAUUAUCAGCGCUAAUGACCCAUCCUGACUUUCCCACUUUCUACCUAUUCCAUCUCCUGAAAUUAAACUUCAAAACCAUCUCUUUUUCCCAAAUACUGAAUCCUAAAAUAAUAAAAAAUAAAUAUUUGAAUACCACCAAAAGCAUGAAGGGGGGAAAGCCCAGAAGAGGGAGAAAGAAAAUAAAAUCCUUUUAUCUCUUUCUGUAA